AUGUCGCGGGUGUAUCUGCCGAUUCACCAGAUUUCAGAUGAAACAAAUAACUGGACUGCACUAAUUCAAGUUGUUGAACGACCACCUGUUCAGACUAGCAAAAAUAACACGUCCACGCUUUACCGUAGAUAUUUGUUUACAGAUGAGGAGGGGACAAAAGUUUCUGCGGUUGUUUAUAAUGCUGUUAUUAACGAGUUUGAUGAACUUCUUAUGCCAUACAAGAGAUACUACCUAUCUGGAGCAAAAGUUUGGCCCGAGGUUCCUUUAUAUCAAGUUAGUGACUACAAAUACAACUGGCUUAUAGUUUCUGGAACUAAUGUCGAAGAAGACCAAGAGUCCCUGCCUCCACAACUUCCAUGCCACAUUGAUAUUCACACUUUUGCAGACAUACACAAGUACGCAGACACAGACAACCCCAGAAUUGUUGUGCAUGCUUUCCCAGUGAGGAAUCUUGGUAAAAACAACAAAACAAGAGACUUAGUCAUUGUGAAUCAAGAAGAGAAACCAAUGCUUUUAACAUUAUGGAACCAAUUUGAAAAUGAUGAAGGUCUGCAUUUAGCUAAUACAGUAGCAGCUGGAAAUGUUCUUCUUGCUAUGCGGAUUAAAGUUACCACAUUUAACGGUCUGUCAUUGUCUACAAAAGUGGGAGCCUGCUUAAUGGUAAAUCCACCAAUGGCUGCAGCAGCUGAAUUAAAGCAGUGGUACAUUGAGAACAAAAACCAUGUCACACAACUUGUGAUCGAAGAAACAUACAGAAAUACAGACAAGCUCAUCCCAAUGCCUGAGAUGACUGCUAUAGUCACUGUCCACAAUGCCGUCGCAGUGAUGCGAAGUGUGCCGCUUGCCAAUAACAAUCCAAGAUCAAAUGGAACUAUGAAUGCUGUAAUCUAUGGCGAGGAUGCAGAACGGUUAAUCACUUAUAGCGGCAAUCAACUAUUUGAGGCAGACCAACAGGGUCGUGAUUUAACUAAUGAAAUUGCAGCAUCAGUCGCACGCCACAAAGUCGUCUGCUUCGUAAAACAAUCGGAAUCUGCUUACCACACAGUUGUCAAGCUUUACAGUAUUCAAAUGAUGAUGCUUCAAGGAAAUGCAUCUACAGCAGAGUCGUCUGGAAAAGAAAGUUCUACAGCAGCCCCCUCCAAGGCAACAGAUCCAACUCUCUUCAGCCCAACACUUAAAAAUGUGCUCGAGUCUGUCGCCCUCAAAAUCGAAAAGUCACCAAAUGUGCCAACUCCAGAAAGCUCAACCAAGAAACGAAUCAACUUUGACGCCCAACAAGACACCACACAAACAAGUAGCUCAACUCCAACCCGGUCAACACUACAACCAACACAAAAUACUGCCACAAGCCCUUACAAGAAAAGUCGCCCAAAAAUGGAUUAA